UCAAAAACAGGCGACUGUCGUAAGAGGGCGUAAGAGGACUGCCGUAGAGGGCAAAGGCGGAAGUGAAGCCAGCACAGCGCUUCCACAGAGUCCACAUUUAUCAAAAUAUUAUCUUUGACUGCGCAAUGGGGCAGGGUCCUUCCACGAAAUAGCGUCCCCCACUUGCGCCGUCCGUCGAGGACCUCCUAGCCCACCAUGCUUCAGCUGAACGACACGGUGGAGCCCGAGAGCCCCGGAGCCGCGGUGCUCCACCCGGCCGGAAUCGAGGAAGGAGUGGAGGUCGCCUUCACGCCGACGGAGGCCGGGCGUAGCCUGGGACGCGGAGCCACCGCUGCAGCCUGCUGCGGGCCGCUGCAAACGCUGACGCCCUUUCACGUGCACAACCCCACCAUGCAAGCCAAAGUCAAGGACUACUUUGUCUUCCGGCCAGGUACCAUCGAGCAGGCGGUCAGCGACAUCCGGACUGUGGCCCUUCCCUCUGAAGAUGGAGAAGUUCUUAGUGUCUGGCUUCUGGCUCAGGUUGACCACUGGAAUAAUGAAAAGGAGAGACUUGUCCUCGUUACAGACAGGUCCUUGCUGGUGUGCAAGUACGACUUCAUCAACUUGCUGUGUCAGCAGGUCGUCAGAAUCUCGCUCAAUGCCGCCGACACCAUCUCAGUGGGCGAGUUUGAGUUUCCGCCCAAAUCCCUGAACAAGAGAGAGGGUGUCGGCGUACGUGUCCAGUGGGACAAGCGUCCCCGGGCCUCCUUCUUGAACCGCUGGAACCCGUGGUCCACAGACAUGCCCUAUGCCACCUUCACAGAGCACCCCAUGGCUCACGCAGACGAGAAGGUGGCCUCCCUCUGCCAGUUGGAAAACUUUCGGACCCAGCUGAUACAGGCGGUGAAGAAAGCCCACAAGGAGAACCCCAUCCCUGGUCGGGCCAACGGAGUCCUGAUCCUAGAGAGACCCCUUCUCAUCGAAACCUACCUGGGCAUAAUGUCCUUCAUCAACAACGAGGCUAAAUUGGGCUAUUCCAUGACCCGUGGCAAGAUUGGCUUUUAGAGACAGUUAUCUCCUCAACAGAACAGCAGCAGCCUUGUCUUUGGUGUCCAGCACAGAGGUAAAAGUAAAAGUGACACUACACAAAAUGUUUGUCACAAACAAAUGAUCAGCCAGUGGAAGAGUUGCAUGGACUGUAUACUUAUUUGUUUUUAGUACCUCGUGUCAAUCACUUUUGUUUCAGUGACGUCAUACUUGCAUGGGCCCCUCGACUGUAUCUCUAUCUGACAAAAGUUGAGAAGAAAAACGACAGCAUUUGCAUCUGCCUUUUUUCUUCUACUCCGUAUGUGUCCAAAACUGGGUGUGGGGCAGUCUUUUAACUGUUAAAAAUGGCGUUCAUUGCCAAAGCUGUACAAUUUGUUUGAAUGGGAACGAUAGUUGUAUGUGAAGUCAUGAAUAACUGGAAUAAUCCUUCCUAAUAUGAGAAUUGAUCAUGUUCUACUGUCUGUCUUUCUAAGCAACUUGGCUUGUUAACUGUUGAAAAUAAAACUAUUCAUCACACAGGAAACAAUGAUGCGAUGUAACUUUUCUCUAUUUUGGGGCAAAAAUGUACACUCUGUGUUUACAUUUGCCAACAAUAUGUAGUCAUAUGAGAGCUUUUAUAACAUUAUGAGUUGUAUUAUAGCAAAAACAUUUAUCGUUACCAGAGUUGUACAGUACAGAAUUCAGAAGUGAUUCCACAAUUGUCAGAAAUUUUAACUUAGUAUGGAAAAUAUCAAGUUACACGUACUGUAUCUGUCAAACGUCAAUAGAUAGCAUUGGAACCUGUUGUGAAAGACAUAAAUAUGCUUUCCUUGGAUUGAAAUGGAAUUCUGGACCUGGAUGAAUCUUCUUUACAGUCACUGGAUCAUUCAUUUAUAAUUUGGUCACGACAAAUGUUUAACCCCCUUCCUGCAUUUGUUUUCUGUUUUAUGUUUAACUUUUGUUUUGUGGGAUACAAAAAAUGUUCAUGGGUCAAUGUGACCUGCUGCAUGUUGUCAAACAAUCCAUACAGAAUAAAAGGAAAAUAAAUAUAUAUGGGAGAAGUUACUCUGAACCUCAAUUUCAUGAAAAAAUAUAGAUUUAACAAAACAUAAACAUGCAAGACCUUGCUGGAGGUUCUGCGCCUUUGUUUUUUUUAACUUCUGUGUCGGAAUCAAUCACUUUUAACUGUUUUAAUUCUUAAAAUACCUAAGAGUUUGCCAAACUUAAAAUCCAUAGAAACCUGCAUUACUUCCAUGCAAUCUAAACAUAUAUGCAACAUCUAAAUAA